AGGGCCGCGGCGCGGCGGCGCCGGGAGCGGCCUCGCUGUCCGCGUCGGUGCCGCUGUCUUCGCCGCCGCCAUGGGCUGAGGGGAGAGGCGGCGGCAGCUGCCGUGUUAGCGGCUCCGGACUGGGCGACCCGAGAAUGGAGAGAGCCAUGGAACAGCUCAACCGUCUGACGAGGUCCCUGCGGCGCGCCCGCACCGUGGAGCUGCCGGACGAUAAUGAAACUGCUGUCUACACAUUGAUGCCAAUGGUUAUGGCUGACCAGCAUAGGUCUGUCUCAGAGCUGCUAUCAAAUUCAAAGUUUGAUGUGAAUUAUGCAUUUGGACGUGUGAAGAGAAGUUGCCUUCAUAUUGCAGCAAACUGUGGAUCAGUUGAAUGCCUUGUUCUGCUCUUAAAAAAAGGAGCAAAUCCAAACUAUCAGGACAUUUCGGGAUGCACCCCUCUCCAUUUAGCGAGCAAGGAAUGGGUAAGAGAAUGUGUUUGCAAGCUGCUAGAAUACAGUGCUGAUGUCAACAUUAACAACGAAGGCUUGACUGCAAUCCACUGGUUGGCUGUUAAUGGAACGAACAGAACUGCUCAUGAUCUUUGUUCAGCACGUCGUAACGUGGAUGUGGAAGAUGCCAUGGGUCAGACAGCCCUUCACGUGGCUUGCCAGAACGGACACAAGACAACCGUGCAGUGUUUGCUGGACAGCGGUGCAGAUAUCAACAGGGCCCAAUGUGUCAGGGCAACUCCACUCUAUUUUGCUUGCAGCCAUGGUCAGAGAGACACUGCACAAAUUCUUUUGAUGAGAGGAGCCAAAUAUUUACCAGACAAAAAUGGUGUCACUCCACUGGAUCUCUGUGUACAGGGUGGUUAUGGAGAGACUUGUGAAGUCCUCAUACAGUACCAUCCUCGACUUUUCCAGACAAUAAUUCAGAUGACACAGAAUGAAGACCUACGGGAGAACAUGUUGAGGCAAGUUCUGGAGCACCUCCAGCAGAGUGAAAGCCAGUAUCUGAAUCUAACAAGUCUUGCUGAAGUUGCUACAACAAAUGGUCACAAACUGCUUAGCUUGUCAAGUAAUUAUGAAGCUCAAUGAAGAGUUCUCUUAAGGAUCGUGAGGAUGUUUUGCCAUGUCUUUCGCAUUGGCCCAUCCUCUCCCAGUAAUGGAAAUGACAUGGGCUACAAUGGAAAUAAAACUCCAAGAAGUCAGGUGUUCAAGCCACUGGAACUGCUCUGGCAUUCACUCGAUGAGUGGCUCGUUCUCAUAGCCACAGAGCUGAUGAAAAACAAAAGGGACUCUGCCAACAUCACUUUCUAUUUUACUGAAGCAAAAAGCACCAGAUACCAGGACGCUGCUCCUGCACCUUCCUUUGCUACUGCAGAAACUGAGGGCAGAAAAGAGCUUAUCUGCUGAAGCUUACGAUCUGGGGGGAAGCAGGAAGCCUGUGCUGAUUGCCAGGAUGUUAUCUCCAUGACAGCAAACAGGCUAAGUGCUGUCAUUCCCUUUUAUAUGUGCUGCUCCUGCCAGAUGCCUCAGGGGAUGACAUCACCUCGCUUUAUAGUUGUCUGUAAACAUGAUGAUGUCCUCAAGAGUUUUGUUAACAGGUGAAAAUCCAAAAUCAUUUUUGAUCACUUCCAUUUUCUUCUGGAGUGUCCUGCUAUGUCCAGAUUUAUGCACAUCAUAAAAGCUCAGCCUUUUAAAGACCGCUGUGAAUGGUUCUACGAACACCUGCAUGCUGGGCAGCCAGAUUCAGACAUGGUGCACAGACCUGUCAAUGAAAAUGACAUCCUUUUGGUUCACAGAGAUUCUAUUUUCAGGAGCAGCUGUGAAGUCGUGUCUAAAGCAAACUGUGCCAAACUGAAGCAGGGGAUUGCUGUGAGGUUUCAUGGAAAAAGGCAUGGUGGGUAACCUGCAUGGCUUGGCUUUCUGGGCCAGGGUGUGGUGCGUGAGUGGUUUGAUAUUUUGUCCAGUGAAAUAGUUAACCCAGACUAUGCCUUAUUCACACAGUCAGCUGAUGGGACAACUUUCCAGCCCAACAGCAACUCCUCUGUAAACCCAGAUCAUCUGAACUACUUCCGCUUCGCAGGCCAGAUCCUGGGGCUGGCUCUGAACCACAGGCAGCUGGUGAACAUCUACUUCACAAGAUCAUUCUACAAACACAUUCUUGGUAUACCUGUAAAUUAUCAGGAUGUAGCAUCUAUUGAUCCAGAGUAUGCCAAGAAUUUGCAGUGGAUUUUAGAUAAUGACAUCAGUGACCUGGGUUUGGAGCUGACCUUCUCUGUUGAGACCGAUGUGUUUGGAGCAAUGGAGGAGGUGCCACUGAAGCCAGGGGGUGCAGGCAUACUUGUUACACAGGAGAACAAGGCAGAGUAUGUCCAGCUUGUGACAGAGCUUCGAAUGACCAGAGCCAUUCAGCCUCAGAUCAAUGCCUUUUUACAGGGCUUCCACAUGUUCAUUCCACCAUCUCUGAUCCAGCUCUUUGAUGAAUAUGAACUGGAGCUGUUGUUGUCUGGUAUGCCAGAAAUUGAUGUGAAUGACUGGUUAAAAAACACAGAAUACACCAGUGGUUAUGAGAGAGGAGACCAAGUUAUUCAGUGGUUCUGGGACGUGGUGGAAGAGCUAACUCAGGAGAGAGUUUUACUGUUGCAGUUUGUUACUGGCAGUUCCAGGGUGCCUCAUGGGGGCUUUGCCCACAUCAUGGGUGGCAGUGGAUCAAAUUUCACCAUUGCUGCUGUGCCAUACACUGCAAACCUUUUACCCACAUCAAGCACGUGUAUCAACAUGCUCAAGUUACCUGAAUACCCAAGUAAAGAAAUCCUGAAGGACAGGCUUCUGGUGGCUUUGCACUGUGGGAGCUACGGUUACACCAUGGCGUAACGGAGUCCUUAAAGCUCGUCUGACCACUCGUCUGCAAUUCCAAGGGGCAGAAGCAAUUUUGAAGCUGUCAGUAGGAAAGCAGCUUAGAUGCUGUGGUCCACUGGCAGGGCUGGCCUUCAGAAUUCCUACAGGAUCAUCAACUUCUCCAUUAUAGGUUGUCAAAGCAGCUUUGACACUGUCACACGACAACCCCUCAGCAGGCUGCAUUUUCAGGUUUGAAGAUGACAGCUCUGCAUGGAAAUCGGUUCCCAUGCUUUUGGUUCUUCCUUCAGCCUAAAUUGGGAAGUUGUUGCAAUCUCUUCCCACAGUUUACCUUUUGGACUGUUCUUUCAGCUGUGUGCUUGAAUGACACCUGCCUUUCAGUUCACUUUGCAGACUGCUGAGGGGCAGCCUUGGGUUUUAUGCCUUGUUGCAGGGGGAAAGUGCCAUUUAUUUUUGCAGAGAACACUCCAGGAAGUUCACUUUGGAUAUACUGUACAGGAAGACAGAGCUGAUGUAUUUUCCAUUCAUUUGCAUAGCAACAAAGAGAACAUUUUCUAACUUUUUAGCCUUGUAAUGUAUAUAGUGUGUAAAGGUGAGGCUUUUGCCAGCAGGAGAAACAAAGAUGAAGUUCCUAUCUAAUUUCUAUUAGAAUUUACACUAUAUUACCUAAAUAUUUCAAGUAUUUGUGACUUUAUAGGCUACUUGCAGCUUAGACUUUGUAAAUAGUAUUUAAGAUCUCUGCCAUUUGUUUUGAAUGCCUUUAUUCUUUCCCUGACAUAAUUGUAUGUUCAGAAGGUAUUAUUAAAUUUUAAUAUUUUUACCAGA